AUGCCCAGCACGUCUUGGGGUCUCGAACCGCCAUAUCCGUAUGCUGUCGACCGUCUCGCGAAGCUUGCUCGCGACUCGUGGCACGAUCCGGCCUUCCAGGACCUGAUCGCGGGGUUUCCUGAAGAGACGAGACCGAAUGCCGACACGCUGCUCGCUCACGUGCAGGACUUGACGCGUAGGGACAUCAAAGCCGUGUAUCUGAAGCAACUCCAAGGCAAAUUAUGGAAGACUGGAUAUGAGGACGGCGACCUCAGAACUCCUCUUUUCGACGAUGUGAUACCCACACUUGAGGCCUGGAAGAAUGCUGGCAAAACUCUUGCCAUCUUCAGCUCCGGCAGCGUCCAAGCCCAGCUGCAAUUCUUUUCCUUCGUCCAGACUGGCUCAACCACACGCGACCUGAAGCCUCUCUUCGCAGCUCACUUCGAUCCUACCAUCGCCGGGUCCAAACUCGAGAAGGACUCGUAUGAGAAGAUCUGUAGUGAACUGGGCCAGAAGGCUGCUCAAGUGACCUUCCUCACUGACAACGUAAAAGAAGCAGAAGCCGCAAAGGAGGCAGGCGUGUAUGCGCUGCUUGUGGAUCGUCCCGGCAACGCGGCGUUGGCUGCGCAGGACAGGGAGCGCUUUCCCGUCAUCCAGCAGUUGACGGAAUUGCCGUGA